AUGGCAGAGAUCUUAAAUCUUCUAUUAGUACCCAUCCGCCAAAACCUCAUUAACUCAAGGGACGAAGAGAAAAGGAGCGUUCUCUCAUAUGCAGCGUCCAUAGGAUAUGAUGAAGGAGUAGAACGUCUAUUACAGGAGUUUAGUAAUAUUGCUUAUGUUAAGGAUCCUGAUGGCUUCUUCCCCAUCCAUUCGGCUUGCAGAAGAGGUCAUAUGGGUGCUCUGCAGGCUAUCCUGCAAUCCUGCCCUGACACGAUAGAGCUACUUAACCUACAAGGCCAAAAUGUCCUUCACGUUGCAGCUGAAUGUGGGAAAAACGAAGUUGUCAAAUACAUUCUCAAAAACGAAAAGUAUGCAAACCUCAUAAAUCAGAAGGAUCAUAAAGGAAACACUCCACUACACUUGGCUACAAUGUUCUGGUAUCCAAUGAUUGUCCAUAUACUUACAAAGGAUGAAAGGGUUAACGUGGGUGAACAGAACAAAUUGGGCUUUACAGCUCUUGAUGCAGCUGAGGAAUGUAUGGAUUUGAACCCCACUUUCCGUGAGCGACUGACAUGGAUGGCUUUAGUUUGUGUUGGUACCCCAAGAGCCCUAAAGUUAAUGCCGUAUGAUUCAUUUUUGGCACCUGGGCCUCAGGAAGGAAUCAUCCAGUCCAAUGAGAUGCCAUCUGCCAAAAAGUACAAGGAUAGAGUUAACACCCUGCUGUUGCUGGCUAUACUCGUUGCCACUGUUGCAUUUUCUGCAGCUUUCAGUGUGACAAAAGUACCUGAAGGAGAAACACAUUGGUAUAAAGUCUUUGUGGUCUCUGUGGGUUUUUGGUCUUCAGCUUGUUUUCUUCUGGUUUGGGCCAAUGCUAUUGGGCCUGCUACUUCAGUAACGGAGAAAAGAGAAGAGCGCGCUGGGCCUCGUGACACUCAAGCCCACGAGCUCGACAGCUGA